AGCGCUGUCCUGCCACCCAUGGGGACGCUCAUGGCCAAGUUGCUCCUGCCCACCCUCAGCAGCCUGGCCCUGCUGCCCACCAUCAGCGUUGCCGCCAAACGCCGCUUCCACAUGGAAGCCAUGGUCUACCUCUUCACCAUGUUCUUCCUGGCUCUCCACCACGCCUGCGCCGGGCCCGGCCUGUCCAUGCUCUGCUUUCUGCGGCACGACGUCCUGGAGUACUUCAGCAUCUACGGCACAGCGCUGAGCAUGUGGGUGUCCCUCAUGGCGCUGGCCGAUUUCGACGAACCCCAGAGGUCGACCCUGGUGAUGCUGGGUGUGCUGACCAUCGCCGUGCGGACCUACCACGACCGCCAGGGCUACGGCGUGUACUCGGGCCCCAUCGGCACUGCGGCACUCAUCAUUGCCGCCAAGUGGCUAAGGAAGAUGAAGGAGAAGAGGGGCCUGUACCCCGACAGGAGGGUCUACACCCAGCAAGUUGGUCCUGGCCUCUGCUUCGGGGCCCUGGCUCUCAUGCUGCGCUUCUUCUUCCAGGAGUGGGACUACACCUACGUACACAGCUUCUACCACUGUGCCCUGGCCAUGGCCUUCGUCCUGCUGCUGCCCAAGGUCAACAAGAAGGCCGGCGACGCAGGGGCCCCAGCCAAGCUGGACUUCUCUACCCUGUGCUGCGCCUGUGUCUGAGGGUGCCCAGUGCGGCCCUGCCCCUCCCCAGCCACUCUGCCGUGUCCCUCCCACCAGUGUGUCUGGGAUCGACGGUCGCUUCCACUUCGUCUGCAGACCCAGGACUGGCACGGUGUCGCCCUGUCCGUUAUGCGCAGCGCUCAGCCCACUAUCAUCAGCCCAGAGCCCCCGCCGGGAGGAGCUGACCAUCGGGGGCUGUGUCUCCACUAGGCUCUGCCGUUUUCUCAUGAAAUCUGUUGUCACUUCUGUCCCCUUCCCAGGCUGUGAAUGUCCCCAAGAAGGCCAGCUCUACCCAGGCUGGGGCCUGCCUUGCGCCCCAUGUCCCCAGCUGGGCCUGGCUCUGUGGCUACAUAAUGAUCAGGGGCACCCCGCCCGCCACCUGCUGCCUUUCCAAUGCUUUAUUCAGGUCCCCGGGAGAG